AUGGCGGACGAGGGGUUCGAUUUCGGGAGAUAUCGAUUGCGGGAGACGACGACGCCGACGCCGAGCGAUAUCGAGAUCGCGAGCGCGGCGACGCCGCUCGGGAUUAAGACGGUGGCGGAGACGAUGCUGGGAUUAUCCGAGGAUGAUUACGAGUUGUACGGACGGUACAAGGCGAAACUGAGCGAAAAGUUGAGCAUGAGUCUGGGCGCGCGCGCGGGGGCGGGUGGGAGGGGGCCGACGUGCGAUGCGACGGCUGGACACGGGUAUUACGUCGUCACGGCGGGCAUCACGCCGACGCCGCUCGGAGAGGGUAAGUCCACGACGACGAUCGGACUCGUUCAGGCGCUGCAGGCGCACACGAACGCGCGUGCGGUCGCGUGCAUUCGUCAGCCGUCGAUGGGACCGACGUUCGGGAUCAAGGGUGGCGCCGCGGGGGGAGGAUACUCGCAAGUGAUUCCGAUGGAGGAGAUGAACCUGCACUUGACGGGUGACAUUCACGCCAUCGGUGUCGCGACGAACCUCGUCGCGGCGGCGAUCGACGCUCGGGUUUUCCAUGAGGAAACUCAAAGCGACGAAGCGCUGUGGAAACGCUUGAUUCCGAAGAAGAAGGACGGAUCGAGCGCGUUCUCCGCCAUCAUGUUCAAGCGCCUCAAAAGGCUCGGCAUCGACAAGACCAACCCGGACGAUUUGACCGAGGAAGAGCGCUCCAAGUUCGUUCGCUUGGAUAUCGAUCGCGAGCGCAUCACGUGGAGACGCGUCGUGGACAUGAAUGAUCGCUUCUUGCGCGAGAUCACCGUCGGCGAGUCCCCGACGGAGAAGGGAAAGACGCGAAAGACGGGUUUCGACAUCACCGUCGCGUCCGAGAUCAUGGCCGUGUUGGCCAUGACGACGUCGCUCGCGGACAUGGAACACCGUCUCGGAGCCAUGGUUGUCGGUCCCGAUCGUCAGGGUGGGCCGGUGACGUGUGACGACUUGGGCGUCACGGGCGCCGUCAUGGCGCUCAUGAAGGACGCCAUCAAGCCGACGCUCAUGCAAACCCUCGAAGCGACCCCUGUACUCGUGCACGCCGGUCCGUUCGCGAACAUUGCGAGCGGUAACUCGUCCAUCAUCGCCGACCAGAUCGGUCUGUCCAUGGUGGGUAAGGGCGGUUUCGUCGUCACCGAAGCCGGUUUCGGCGCCGACAUCGGCCUCGAGAAGUUUGUCAACUUGAAGUGCCGCAAAUCGGGCUUGAAGCCGAACUGUGCCGUCAUCGUCGCCACUGUUCGAGCGCUGAAGUGCCACGGCGGUGGUCCGCCAGUGACCGCGGGUAAGCCGUUGGAUCACUCGUACACGAAUGAAAACGUCGACAUGGUGCGCGACGGCAUGUGCAACUUGGUGCGUCACAUUGAAAACACCAAGGCUUUCGGCAUCCCGGUCGUCGUCGCGAUCAACGCGUUCCCGACUGAUACUCCGGCCGAGCACGAGGUUAUUCGUGAGCUCUCCAUCGCCGCCGGCGCCGAAGAUGCGGUGCUGUGCACCCACCACGCGAAGGGUGGCGCCGGCGCCGUUGAGCUCGCCAACGCGGUGAAGGCGGCGUGCGAGAAGAACGAGGACUGCAAGGACUUCAAGUUUGGGUACGACACUAAUCUUGACAUCGCGAGUAAGAUCGAAGCCGUCGCGAAGAACAUCUACAAGGCGUCCGGCAUUGAGUUGUCUGAAAAGGCGCAAGAGAAGAUUGCCCUCUACACCAAGCAAGGCUUUGGUGACUUGCCCAUUUGCAUGGCGAAGACGCAGUACUCCUUCUCCCACGACCAAAACCUCAAGGGCGCGCCGAGUGGCUUCACGCUUCCCAUCGGUGACGUUCGUUUGAGCGCGGGCGCGGGCUUCCUGGUCCCGCUUGUUGGCGCGUUCCCGACGAUUCCGGGUCUCCCAACGCGUCCGGCGUACUACGAAAUUGCAGUGGACGCCGAAUCCGGCAAUGUUCUGGGCCUCUCUUAA